AUGGAAAUCAUCCUCAAAAAUAGUUCAAAUCGCCAAGGAAAGCCAAUACUCUCUGAAGACCUAGUUUUUCAAGAUGAUUCACUGAAUCAAAUCAAUGCAAAUGAACUCAUAAAAAGGCAAAAAUCAAAAGUUUUUGACUCAAAAAAACGUUGGUCAAAAGAGGAAAACCUGCUUCUCUUGAGCAUGUACACUGCUCAUGGAUCCAAAUGGGUAUUGAUUUCUGAAUUCUUCGAUACUAGAUCUCCUUUUUCAGUUAAAAAUCAUUUUUAUGCACUUUUUAGAAGGAUGAGUUUAAAUAAUAGAAAUGAACUCAGGCACAAGAGAACCAAAUACAGAGAAACACAAAGUAUAACAUUUAGCAGUGAAAGCACUUUUAACUUUCCAGCAGAAACGGAAGAAGAUCUAAUUGUUGAAAGUUUUUUGGUCGAUGAGUUAAAAUCAGUGGAUAAAAAACUGGACGAAAAAUGGAUCUCGACAAAUUUGAAUCUGCAGGAUGUGGAUUUAAAGGAUCCUCAAGAGAUCCAGGAAAAGUUGAACGAAAAAUUAAAAGAGCUUAAGCAAUUAUCAGCUUUUUUAGAGCAACAGCUUUUAAGUAAAUGGGCCUGAAUAAAGGCUAUGCCUAGCUUGCCUGCCAAAAUAGGAGAAGCAUAUUAUAAUAAUCUUUAA